AUGCUCCAGCCUGGGAGGAUGGAUGAACCACUGUCGUGGGACCUUCCGUACGUUUCUGAAGACUCAGCCACUCGCAACACCCAAUUCUUGCGCCUUCACGCAGCUCCUCAAGUGGAAGGAGGGCUCGUUCACGGCACAGUCGUUGUGCUGCACGGCGGCUAUUGGAAAAACCGAUUUGGCUUGGAUGAUGAGUACGGAAAUGCAGGCACCAAGUCGUUGGGGCCGUUCUUUCUAGCAAGAGGCUUCUCUGUUGUGGAGGUUGAGUACCGGAGACGUGACCAUGCUGGGGGGGGCUGGCCUGGAACCAACCAGGAUGUGCUGACGGCAAUACAUUAUCUAUGCCGAUUAAGUGAGGAGGUUUUGGAAUCUGACGACAGCUUGCUGCUGGCCGCAAAGAAGUCUCUUCGGCCUGAGAAGCUGGUUUUGCUCGGGCACUCAGCUGGUGGUUGCCUUGCGAUAUGGGCAGGCCAUCAUCUGCAUGCGACUGGGAUUCGACCCCUUGUGGUUGCGGCUGCGCCAGUUGCGGAUCUGAUCCGCGGCCAUGAGCUUCGAGUCUCAGAUGAAGGAGAUGCUGUGGAGCGCUACAUGAAACAAAAGCCAGUAGGUCCUGGCCUCGAGGAAUACCAGCAGGCAUCGCCGGCCGCAUUGCUUCCCGUGACAUUUCCCUUGUGCGUGAUCUACGGAGAGAAGGAUUCCGACGUACCUCCAAAGCUGGUAAGAGCAUACGCUCAAGAAGCACUUCGACGCUCCAAAGCAGAGCUUGUUUCAAUUCUGGCAAUUCCAACUGCUGAUCAUUUUGACAUUGUGAAUGCCAAGACUGAAGUAUGGCUUCGGCACGUUGUUCCGAACAUAGCGGAGAUGGUCGGAAAGCAUUUUGGGGACGCAGCCGCUCUGGCAUUACGGUGA